AUGGCUGCCAUCAGCUCUGCUCUGAGCAAACUCAACAGAAUGGAACAAUAUCCUGAGGGGUUCAGAAUCGAGGCCAGCAAGAAUCAGCCGGAUGCCAGUAAAAUGUUCAUCGGGGGCCUCUCCCGUAAUAUCAGUAAGCAAGCUCUUCUUGAAUACCUGAGCCAAUUUGGCGAGAUUGUAGAUUUCAUUAUUAAAAUCCACCCAGACACUGGACUAUCCAGGGGGUUCGGAUUUGUGCUUUUCAAAGAUAGCGCCACUGUUGAAAAGGUGCUUCAAGUAAAAGAGCACAAAGUGGAUGGCAAGAAAAUCCAGCUUAGAAAGGCUAAAGCCAUGGAAUCGAAAUUCCCUCCAAGAAAGGUUUUUGUGGGAGGGUUGAACCCUCGUUUGUCUGAAGAAAAAAUUAGAGAGUAUUUUGGGUCAUUCGGAGUGAUUGAGAAUAUUGAGCUUCCAGUGUGUCCAGGAACAAAUGAAAGACGAGCUUUCUGUUUUAUCACAUAUACUGAUGAAAAACCAGUGAGGAAGCUAUUAGAAACCAGGUACCAUCUAAUUGGCUCCGGGCGGUGUGAAGUUAAAAUUGCACUCCCAAAAGAAUAUACAAAACCGCAACGGGUGGGAGGAAGAGGUGUUCCAUUUGCCAGGUUAGGCAACUCCUGGGAAAGAAAAGGCUUCCGUGCAGACCCACAUGCUAGCAGAGCAAACCAAAAUGUUGGCGGGGCGGUUGGAGGUGGCGAAAGCCCGUCGAUGGUGCUUGUUCCUGUUCCCUUCUCAGCCUGCAAUGAAGGGUUUAAUUUUUCUCAUCAAAUGUAUGGCAAUUUCCAGAACGCCUCCACUAAUCAGCCAGUUUUUAAUAGCUACGGUAGAGAGUAUUUUCUUGGUUAUAACGAUGGGACUCGUGCAUUUGGAACUGCAUUUACUAAUUACAAUGUGCAAAUAAACCAGGCGGCUCCCUUUCAUAGUGGUUACCCGGGAAUUUAUCAGCCAUUCUGA